AUGGGGGUGGCGGGGCGCAUGGCUCGAAGUACAAAGUUUAUGAGUUACAUUGGGGGAGAGAGAGGUGGUAAUGGAGGGAAGGGUGGUGAUGUAAUUAUUGAGUGCUCCAGGUCUAUCUGGGAUUUCAAUGGCUUGCAGUAUCACAUGAACCUAAAAAAAGGAGGCCAAGGCGAGAAUGGAGUAUCUAAGAAUCAUAUUGGAACAAGAGGUUCAGACAAGAUUUCACAAGUACCAGUAGGAAAAGUGAUUCAUCUGGUCAAUGGGGAGCAACCUUCUCUCACUGUACAUAAAACAACCAGAACUAAUCCUUGGGACAUACCUGUUUCUGCAGAACACUCUUCAGGUUCAAAUCAGAUUGACAAUGCAGUGAUGAAAGAAUUUGAUGGUGGCUUGUCCCAUUGGCAUAUUCCGCCCAAUCAUAGUACUGAUGGAGUUGAGAACACUGUGAGGAGUUCCUAUUUACAGGUAGCAAGGUGA